CCAUCAAUUUCAACAAUCAUACAUUGGGAAUCGAACAUGAACAGUUCAAAAAGUGGUUUUCAUUUUGCAAAAUGGAUUUAGACAACAUCGAUAAUCGUUUGAUACUCUUGCAAUGCAUCCGAGAGAAUGCAUCGAAUAUGCGCAUCGAGCAGCAGCAGUUGAGGGAAAAUAUCUCGAAUGCUUUGAUGCGAGCACGCAACAGUUUGGAUUGCAUUAGAGCCUUGAGUGCUGAGCUUAUUGAGAUGAAGGCGGUUGUGGAAAGUGCAUUAGCAGAAGCAGAAGAAGCAAGAAACAAUGUGGAAGAGCUGGGACUAGUUGAAACUGGGGAUGAAGGUAGAGUUAUAGCAGAAGGAAUUGUAGUUGAAGAGUCUUUAAGUGAUGAGCAAAUUGGAGAAACUGAAGGUGAAGUAAGUUUGUCAGCAGAAGAGAUAACGGGAGAGCUCCUUGAAGGUGAAGAAAUUUUGCCGGAAGAACAUAUUGCAGAAGAGAUAGUAGAAGAUAUCUUUCAAGCUAAAGCUGAACCAGCGAUGGAUGCUAAUUGGAAUAUGGAAAACUAAUGUUGAAUCUAAUGAAACAAAAGGGGGAAAACAGCAUAAUUUUAAAGUUAUAUAUUUUUGUUAUUAUUGUUACUAUUAAAAAUUUGAAGAGAAUGCCAUAGCAAGCAACCAAAAGUUUUAGAUCUUUCGAUGCCAGAAGAGCAAAUAUAUGUUUCUGAUGAAGCUCAUCCAUAGAAAGUAAAUUUACAAUAAGAACGUAUUACUGAAGAGAUUAUAAAAGAAAUCUUUCAAGUUAAAGCUCAAACAUCGAAGGAAACUCAUAUUAAAAGGGGGAAAACAUCAUAUUGAUAAAGUUCUUAAGUGCAUCGACUAAAGCAAGUUUACCUGAAGAGCAUAUUGAUGAAUGUAUUAUAGAAAAAAUAUUUAAAAAUGAAACAACUAUCGUCAACUAUCGAAUGUCAACUGGGAAACUAAUUUUAAAGGCCGCAAAAUAUUAUGUUAGUUGUAUGUUUUUGUUACCGUUAAAAGAUCUAAAUAAAAUGUCACCGCAAGCAGCCAAAAA